AUGGACAUGAUCCCAACCACAUCGAUACCGCAGGGCAGCGGCGGCGACGACGAGAACGCCUCCUCCGGGUACUGGCAGGAGGGCAAGUUUUUCGAAAUUCCUGGCAUCCCGUUGUGGAUACUGCCAGCCAGCAAGGAGCAGGCGAGCCCAGCGGGUCAAGUUUACCGGUCCAGCGUCCACCUUAUUAGGCACAACUGGACCGCCACAAUCUCAGAAGCAAUGCCGGUCGACUUCCACGCAUCCACACCAUACUCCCUGGCGAUGUUACUGCACCUCGGGGAGCUGAGCAACCAUGCUCCUGGCAGGAUGCGGGAGAUUCACGCUAUGCUGAGCAUCCAGUGGUCGAGAAGGGUGCUCGCAUACGGCAUCACUCGCCCCCUCGGCUAUCAUGACGCGAGAAUGUAUACCACCACUGCUGUGCUCCCGUUCGCAUCGCACGACCUUGACAAGCUGAGGACUUGUGAGCAUCACAUCCGGGAAGACCUGCUCGGAAUCAUUCUCGGCGAUGUGGUCCACACCCUCCGGAUCUUGACCAUCGAUCCCUGGCGCGACGCAAGGCUUCAGCAGUGUACGGAAGCCACAGGUAUCUCAGGCAAUGAGGAAGAUGGCGAUGGGAUGGAGGGCCUCAUGCGACACCUUGCGGGCUUCAAGCUGCAGCCUGGGCCACCUAGGCCUAAUAUCAGCUUCGACCUGGCAGUGAGGCUAAAGGCGGACAUCUCCUGA